AUGGAGGUGCCUGUGUAUGGACGUAAUAUUGGCAAUGAAGAUAAGAUAGAGGUACCUGUCAAUGUCGAUGAUGAAGAGGAUAGUGAAGAAGACUUUGAUGCCGAUGAUAGGAGAGUAAGAGAUCUUCAAGACAGUGGUGAUGAAUCAGAUAAAGAAAUAUAUGAAAGUGAUAAUGAUGCUGCCACCAACUCCUCUUAUACCCACUCCAAGGCCUAUUCCUAA